GCGGCUGCAGGACUUCGCCGAGGGAUCCCAAGGCUCGUGAGCAGGGACCCGCAGCGCGGGUUAUGCUGGGGGCUCGGAUCGCCGUGGCAAGUUGGACACUCAGGACAGCGCCAUGGGGGACUUGCAGGAGGAUUACGAGGAGGUGCUGGAGGAAAUUCUGGAGCAGGAGGAGUAUGAAGACCCGGGCAUUCCCGUGUCCCAGGUGGAAGAGCCCACUGCUCACCCUGAGGAACCGACAGCCACAGACUACCAUACCACCUUGCACCCAGGCACCCACGAGGUCUAUGUGGAGCUGCAGGAGCUGGUGAUGGACACGACGAACCAGGAGCUGCGGUGGAUGGAGGCGGCGCGCUGGGUGCGGCUGGAGGAGAACCUGGGGGAGAAUGGGGCCUGGGGCCGCCCGCACCUGUCUUACCUCACCUUCUGGAGCCUCCUGGAGCUGCAGAGAGUCUUCGCCAAGGGCACUGUCCUCCUGGACCUGCCGGAGACCUCCCUGGCUGGAGUGGCCAACCAACUGCUGGACAGAUUCAUCUUCGAGGAGCAGAUUCGGCCUCAGGACCGAGAGGAGCUGCUCCGGGCCCUGCUGCUCAAACACAGUCAUGCUGGAGACCUUGAGGCCCUGGGGGGUGUGAAGCCCACAGUCCUGACACGCUCUGGGGACCCUUCACAACCUCUGCUCCCCCAGCACCCCUCCCUGGAGACUCGGCUCUUCUGUGAGCAGGGAGAGGGGGCCGCAGAAGGGCGCACACCAUCUGGAAUUCUGGAAAAGAUUCCCCCGGAUUCAGAAGCCACCCUGGUGCUCGUGGGCCGCGCUGCCUUCCUGGAGCAUCCGGUGCUGGGCUUCGUUCGGCUGCAGGAGGCCACAGAGCUGGAGGCCAUGGAGCUGCCCAUCCCCGUGCGCUUCCUCUUUGUCCUGCUGGGACCCGAGGCUCCCCACACCGACUAUACCCAGCUUGGCCGGGCUGCCGCCACCCUCAUGUCAGAGAGGGUGUUCCGCACGGAUGCCUACCUGGCCCAGAGCCGGGGGGAGCUGGUGCGCUCCCUGGAGGGCUUCCUGGACUGCAGCCUGGUGCUGCCCCCGACGGACGUCCCCUCGGAGCAGGCCCUGCUUAACCUCGUGCCCGUGCAGAGAGAACUGCUUCGGAAGCGCUACCUGCCCAGCCCCGCCAAGCCAGACCCCGGCUUCUACAAGGGCCUAGACUUGAAUGGCGGCCCAGGAGCCCCUGGGGGCCCAGACGACCCUCUGCAGCGGACAGGCCGGCUCUUUGGGGGCCUGGCGCGUGACAUCCGGCGCCGCUACCCGCACUAUCUGAGUGACAUCACAGACGCCCUCAGCCCCCAGGUCCUGGCUGCUGUCAUCUUCAUCUACUUUGCCGCCCUGUCACCCGCCAUCACCUUUGGCGGCCUCCUGGGAGAAAAGACCCGGAACCAGAUGGGCGUGUCGGAGCUCCUCAUCUCCACUGCCGUGCAGGGGGUCCUCUUCGCCCUGCUGGGGGCACAGCCCCUGCUGGUGGUGGGCUUCUCCGGACCCCUACUGGUGUUUGAGGAAGCCUUCUACUCGUUCUGCGAGAGCAACAAACUGGAGUACAUUGUGGGCCGCGCCUGGAUCGGCUUCUGGCUCAUCCUGCUGGUGGUGCUGGUGGUGGCCUUCGAGGGCAGCUUCCUGGUUCGCUUCAUCUCCCGUUACACCCAGGAGAUCUUCUCCUUCCUCAUCUCCCUCAUCUUCAUCUACGAGACCUUCUCCAAGCUGGUCAAGAUCUUCCAGGAUCACCCACUGCAGAGGGAUUAUGACUACAACGUGUCGCUGGUGCCCAAACCUCGGGGCCCCCUGCCCAACACAGCCUUGCUCUCCCUUGUGCUCAUGGCCGGCACCUUCUUCUUUGCCAUGAUGCUGCGCAAAUUCAAAAACAGCUCCUACUUCCCCGGCAAGCUGCGUCGGGUCAUCGGGGACUUUGGGGUCCCCAUCUCCAUCCUGAUCAUGGUCCUGGUGGAUUCCUUCAUCAAGGACACCUACACCCAGAAACUGUCGGUGCCCGACGGCCUCAAGGUGUCCAACUCCUCCGCACGGGGCUGGGUCAUCCACCCGCUGGGCUUGUUCUCUCCCUUCCCCAUCUGGAUGAUGUUUGGCUCUGCCUUGCCUGCGCUGCUGGUCUUCAUCCUCAUAUUCCUGGAGUCUCAGAUCACCACGCUGAUCGUCAGCAAGCCCGAGCGCAAGAUGGUCAAGGGCUCCGGCUUCCACCUGGACCUGCUGCUGGUGGUGGGCAUGGGCGGGGUGGCUGCCCUCUUCGGGAUGCCCUGGCUCAGCGCCACCACAGUGCGCUCCGUCACACAUGCCAACGCCCUCACCGUCAUGGGCAAGGCCAGCACUCCAGGGGCAGCAGCCCAGAUCCAGGAGGUCAAGGAGCAGCGGAUCAGUGGGCUCUUGGUCUCUGUGCUCGUGGGUCUGUCCAUCCUCAUGGAGCCCAUCCUGUCCCGCAUCCCACUGGCCGUGCUGUUCGGCAUCUUCCUCUACAUGGGCGUCACGUCGCUCAGCGGCAUCCAGCUCUUCGACCGCAUCCUGCUGCUGCUCAAGCCGCCCAAGUACCACCCGGACGUGCCCUACGUCAAGAGGCUGGAUGCUGAUGAUGCCAAGGCGACCUUCGACAAGGAGGAAGGCCGGGAUGAGUAUGAUGAAGUGCCCAUGCCCGUGUGA